UAUUCUUGCAUGAAUUAGAGGUACCAGUUGCACAAUAUUUAUCGUUCAUAACCUUAACGUUUCUGACACACGUGUAAUAUCGCUCAUUUUAAAUUCGAAUUUUAUCCGAUCACUACCGUCUGACAUGUUGAUAGAAGAACUGUGAAAGUGGGGUGUUUAAAGUGAUCAAUUAUUGCUAACAAUAAGGGAUGAGUUCCCGCAGAUUGUUCCGCGCGCUCAGCGCCGCCCCGAGAUUCCGUUCGUUCUCGGCGAACGCGAAACCGGCGUUCACCUGCGACAGGUACCAAGUGCAGCGCGGCUCCUACGCCAGGAUCGACGGCAAGCACGUAGCCUUCUUCGAGAGCGUGCUCGAUCGGAACCGGGUGAUCUCGGACCCAGAGGAAUGCGAAGGUUACAACAUAGAUUACGUGAAGAUGGUCAGAGGGAAGAGCAAUCUGGUCUUAAAGCCGAAGACCACGGAGGAAGUGUCCGCCAUAUUGAGGUACUGCAACGAGAAUCGGCUGGCCGUGUGUCCUCAAAGCGGCAACACCGGGCUCGUCGGCGGCAGCGUGCCGGUCUUCGACGAAAUCGUUCUCUCGAUGAAACUGAUGAACAAGAUCAUCGACACGAACGAGCUGGCAGGUGUGCUGACCUGCGAGGCUGGCUGCGUGCUGGAGGAUCUGGACAAUCAUUUGUCGUCCGUGGGCUUGAUGAUGCCGAUUGACCUCGGCGCCAAAGGUAGCUGCUUGAUCGGCGGUUGCGUGUCGACGAACGCCGGUGGUUUGAGGCUUCUUCGCUACGGCAAUCUGCACGGGAACGUGUUGGGCCUCGAAGCAGUGAAAGCGGACGGGAAGGUGGUCGACUGCUUGAACACGCUGAAGAAGGACAACACCGGUUACCAUUUGAAGCACAUGUUCAUAGGGUCCGAGGGGACUCUGGGGGUCGUGACGAAAGUCGCGAUUCAAUGUCCGCCGCUUCCCAGGGCGGUGAACGUCGCGUUUUUAGGAUUGAACAGCUUCGACAAGGUCCUGAAGGCGUUCUGCUUGGCGAAGAACGAACUCGGCGAGAUACUGUCCUCGUUCGAGAUGAUGGACAAGCUGUCGCUGGACGUUUCGUUGAGCGUGUUCGGGUUGAGGAGCCCGUUGACGUCGGUGCCUGACGGACACGAUUUCUACGUGCUCAUGGAAACCUCGGGGAGCAAGACGGAACACGACGAAGAGAAGCUCGCAUCUUUCGUGGAGCGAGCGCUCGCGGAUGACAUCAUCGAGGACGGCACGCUAACGUCGGACCCUGCUAAAAUCAAAAACAUAUGGUCGCUCAGGGAGCGCAUUAGCGAGGGAGUCCUGCGUGAUGGUUACGUGUUUAAAUACGACCUGUCGAUUCCGCUUCCGAGUUUCUAUAAGGUGAUCGAAGUGCUCAGAGAUCGCGUGCGCGAUCCACGCGUCAUAAGGAUCUCCGGCUACGGCCACUUAGGAGACGGGAAUAUUCACGCGCAAGUGUCCAUACCGAGCUACGACGCCGAUGUGGCUGCCCAACUUCAGCCGUUCAUCUUCGAGUACGUUUCGAGUCUUCGGGGCAGCGUGAGUGCCGAGCACGGUAUAGGAUUCACCAAAACCAAGUACCUGCACAUGAGUAAAACGCCGUCCGAGAUCGAGCUCAUGCACGAUUUGAAGAAGCUCAUGGAUCCGAAUUCUAUCCUGAAUCCGUACAAGGUUCUGCCUCCGGUCAAGUCAUCCGAGUGAUCGUUUCUAUUUAACACUGAGAUUAAUAGGGAUAUUAAGAAUGAUAAUAAUUAGAUUAGCAAGCGAAAAUAAGUAUAAAAUAUCGAAGAGAAAUAAUUAUUUCCAUUGAUAAUCCAUUAACGCCCGGAUGAUUCGCUGUGCUUUGUACUUGUACAACUUAUUCAUAGAAUAAAAUUGCUUCCUUAUUUUAAAUUGUGCAUGUUUAUGUCGAAAUCUUUUAAUGAUUCUUGGAAAUAAACGAGUAAUUGCUGAUUGAAACGAACGUGUCGUGAAUAUACGUCGUUGGGCGUUAAUAGGUUAAACGCGACUAUCUCAUUAGCAAUACACCGAUGCAUUCCUGUACUUAAUGAGUCUAAUAUACAUAGUUUAAUCAGUAGGAGAUAAGUGUAAUAUGUGCCAUAUGAAAUAUACCUAUAUAUACAAUACCUGAUAAAUAAAUUCAAUUCUCAUGCGUGUUUGAAGCC